UUUUGGAGGCUGAUUCAAAAUGGAGUAGCUAUCUUUAACCCGAGUCAGGUUCAGCGCUGUGCUCUCGUCUUCUGCUCGAUUUUUCACUUUAACAGCUUGUUUGUCGUUCUAAAUUUAUUACCGCCAGCAAAAUGUCGGAAGAGAAGAAGUCCGGCUCUUUGGGUUUCUUUUCCAGCUACGACGAUUUGAGCGACAGCAGCAACAGCAGCGACUCGGACGAGGAGGGAGAAAGUCGGAAGAAGAAAACGGGGACAGAAGGUCCGGGCGGCGGGGCUCAGUCCUCCUCACAGGGGACCAAACGAGCUGCUGGAGGGGCUCCUUUACCCAGACCUGACGAGCUGUUCAACUCCGUGUCCAAACCCGCCUUCCUUUAUAACCCUCUGAACAAGCAGAUAGACUGGGACAGCCUGUCCGUCAAAGCGCCUGAAGAGGCUCCCAGAGAAUUUAAGCCAUGGAAGACGAAUGCUGUGCCCCCUCCUGAGAGCUACGCUGUAGAACCAGAGAAGAAGAAGGGUCCUCCACCAGGAAUGGACAUGGCAAUAAAGUGGUCCAAUGUAUACGAGGACAACGGAGAAGACGCACCGCAGGCUUACUCUGGCAACGCCCGGUUCUUACCUGCAGAGGAGCAGCCGUCCGACUCAGAUGAGGAAUCUGAGAAACAAUCUCUGUCUGCCAAGAAGCGGCGAGUGGAGACCUUCCAGCAGAAGGAGAAGAGGAAGAGGGACAUGGGACAAGCAACCUCUGACAAGAACUUUGUAGAAGAAGAGAAAAGGAUCCUCAGGCAAAAUGCUGAGUGAGACCCAAGCUGUUUGCAGCCAAGAGUUGGUUCAUAAUUUAAACAUCGUAUGUCAGCGGAGAACAUAAGUGGAUGCUGCAAACAUACAGGGUCUUUUUAUCAAUGUGUUGACAUACUGUGAUUAGCAAUAGUAUAGUAUUUGUUUUGUGUUCAAAUGGAUGUACCUACACAUGAAAGGCAAUUUUACUUUACUGUUGUGUUUAACAAAGCUUUUUAUCACAGAGGAACCAGGCAAAACAUUAUUAGACUGUUGAUCUGCAACGUUUCCAAGCUAGUAACCCUAAUUCUGAUUCUCGUAUAUUUCUGUUUUGGGAAUUUUGAGACAAGAUUUGGUGUUUUGCAAUCUGGCACUUAUUUUCACAGUUUUUCUGACCAGUUCUCUUCCAAAGAUCCACUGAUGAUAGAUACUGCUAGAUACAGCUUUAUAGCCUAUACAGAGCACUGGCCUUUUUCAGCCAAGCAAUCUGAUCUAAGACUGUCCAUAAGCCAUAUUCCUAUGACUGCAAAGAAGCAGGUAAAUAAGUAGUUUUUGUAACUGACAGGAAUGAAGGUCAAAACUAGAGAAGUAUUUGACUUAAAAUUUGGGUGUGUUUAUCAACUCAAGCAGUGCAUUUUGUAAAAAAAAACAACAAAAAAAAAAAAACAAAACCCAAGAAUUUUGUUAAAAUGUCUUUAUGUUUUACGUAUGUCCAAUUAAAUCAAAACUUCUCAUUUAUUCUUCAGUGUUGAUAUCAGGUCGUUGCUUUAUUAUGUAACUGAUCAGAUAGAGCUGUGGGAGGAACGCUGCUUCAGACCACACAGGGGUCACUACAGAUGCAGUGAGGCUUCAGAACCAAAGGAACACUUUUUAAAUUUAUCAGGAAUCAUGUAAAAAGUAAACUGAUUUUCGCAAUUAAAGUUUAAAUUUAAUUUGAAUCCAGUAAUCUGCAAGGUCAGUAAUCAGUUGAUUCUUAGUUUAAUCUGCUGUCAGCGAAAGGUCUGAAGGUUUGGUGAGUUUGCUUUGCCUCCUGUUUGUUUGAAUAUAAUUAACUAAAUUAACAGUGUUCUUUGGCUGUGGUGGUGUAUUUGGUCUGUGCUUGUGGUUUUUGUUGUAUUAUACUAAAUACUUAUCAUGUGUGUGUGUUUUGUGUUGACACAGUGACUUUCCUUUAGAAACUAGAGUAAAAAUGCUGCAAGUCUGUUUAAAUUUCAAUUUAAAAAGGUGCCUGUGCUUCCAGCCUAUGGCCACUAGAUGUCGCUCAUAAGCUACACUAGAACUCCCUCCAUGUUUAGAGUGAAGAGUGAUGCUGGGCACCCAAAUUACAACCAGGGCCCGUGUACAUAUGUAGUGUUUAUUAAAAGGGGAGUGCUGAACUUCGAUUCGGAAGUUUGUCUCGUCUCAAUUCUCUUGAGAUACUCGAUGCAUACAGACUGUUCGGUCUCAUGUACCUUGUAUGACACGACACUUGACAUCGGUGCUGAAAUAAACAAAAUCAGCUUCCUAUAAGUUUAUUAUUCCAGAUUAUUGGAGAUUAUUGCAACAUUGUAUUGUUUUAUGGACCUUUUAUUUCUUCCAGCUCACGUGUUCAUUCGGUGUUAACAGUUCUGUGGAGAAGUUAAUCGUUUCGUUUUCAGUGGUAUAUUACUAACUAUCAACCACUUCGGCAAUAAAAAGUGUUGUAAUGGAGAAA